AUGAACCCCUCUCCCAAAUCCCAAUCCCACCCCCAAUCCCACUCCCAUCACCAUCCCCAACCUCACCCCCCACCCUCCCCAAAAGCCAAGAUCCGGUGCAGCCACGAGAAACCCUCCUGCCGACGAUGCCAGAAGCACAACAUCGAGUGCAUCUACAGCAUCUCCCGGCGACUGGGGCGGCCCGCCAAGAAGAAAGACGGCUGUUCCUCGCCGUCCGCCACGCCCGCCGGGACGGCUGCGAGGGGAGGUGGGCUGGGGGGGACGCUGGAUCAUGAUCCGCUGGAUUUGGAGAGAUGUUUUGGUCCGCAGCAGCAGCAGCAGCAGCAGGGGGCGCAGCGGGGGAUGAUGCGUGGGGGCCAGAAGAAGAAGAACAAGGUCAAGGAGGAUGGUGGCAUGGGCAUGGGCAUGGGGUUGGGGUUGGGUAUGGAUAUGGGCAUAGGUAUGGGAAUCGGGGUGGGCGUGGGCAUGGGCAUGGGCAUGGAGGUGCAGAUGGGGCUGCAGGAGGUGGAUGCACUGGGACAUCGGGGUCAUGGGUUGGAUGAUACCCUGAUGCUGGAGAAUAUGGCUGGCGUGGAGAUGGAUCCUGUCUCGUUGGAGGGGGGGUCGUCCGUGCAGACGGACUGUUUUAUGGAUGGGGGGUUGUUUUCGGUCUCCGACGGAAUCGACCUCUCGACCGACAGCUGGCUGCACGAAUUCAUGACAAACCCAGCCGCAGAUCUAGCACAGGAACGCGAACUGCUCGACUCGCUGGGUCUGAGCAGCAUCAAACCCGAGAGCAGCUGUGUCGAAAACUCCCCCGAAACAAAGGGGUUCGUGACCGAGACGCAGGACGAGGGAUAUCUCGCGCCGACGACGUUCGAACACCAGCAGCAGCAACAGCAGCAGCAACAGUCAGAUGUCCCGGACCAGAAAUACCUCAAAGAGGACCUCCUAGCCUGGCCGCAGCCGGUGGAGAAUUUCCCCAGACCAGUGUCAAUAACAGACUCCACCCCGGCGAAAGUCUCCAAGCGGGGGUGCGGAUACGCACUCCCACCCACCGGGGGAGAGAUCACGCCCACGCCCGCCAUGCUACAAUAUCAAUGCCAAUGCCACGAACGAACCAGUCGCGAGCUCAUCCGCGUGAACAUCUUCGCGUCUCGCGCGGGGCCCUACGCCACGAUCGACUCGAUCCUCAGCUGCCAGCGCGUGCUGCAGCAGCUCUCCGAGACCAUCCUGCAAUGCACCGUGUGCUGCCGCACGCGAGCCAACCUGCUGAUGGUGGUGAUCGUCGGCAUCGACAGUCUCGUCACAGCGCUGGAAGCCAUCACGUCCGUGGACAGCGGGCUCGCGGACCGGCUGUUCGCGGGCUAUCAUCAUCACGACCAGCUGCUCCCGGACCGACGGUAUCGGGGCCCCGGGCUGCAGUUUCGGAGCCAGGUGGAGGCGUGUCCGCUGGUCGUGGGGGGGUUCUGCGUGCCGACGGAGGACAAAUUCUGCUUUAUCAAGCAUGUCUUGUGGCUGCGGUUGUCGGAGAUGCUGGCCACGGUUCGGAAGAUCCGCGUCUGCACGCAGGAGAUUUCGCCUGUUUCGGCGUCGCGGGGGAAGCUGAUCAUGAUGAUGGAGACAGAUCGGAGGCUGGAGCUGAUUAUGAUGCGGACGAAGAUGUUGGCCAGGCCGUGA